UGGUGUGGUAGCUGAACCUCAGAGGGAGAGAGGAGAGCUGACACGCAGGCCAAAAGCAGGAGGGGGGAGGGGCGUGGGUAAGCAGCUUGUAGACCCUGAGGCCUCCAGUGAGCUACUCACAGAUCCAGGAUAGCUACAAGAAGAGAUCCCAGUCACAGGCUGGAAGGGAGAGAGCCUCUCAUCUGCCCAGCCCACUGCCAUCGAGCAGUGACGGGGACAGGUGUUAGAAGCAGGAUGGUGAGGAAGAGGUCAAGGAUAGCCUGGGAAGGCCCCUGAGGGGGGGGGAUGGGAUUUUUCAGGGUAGCUGGUUGGAGUGGCCAGCUAUUCAGAUGUCUCCAGGAGUAGACACGUAAAAGCUGGCCAGCAAUCAGGCUGUCCACUCAUCCAGACAAUGCAUUGCACAUGGUAACCUGGGCGGUCAGUGAAAUGCACAGCUGCAGUCAACCACCCUGAGGUGGCAUGUGGAGCUCCCUACUACCAACGUCCUGAGAUUGAGUGACUACCUGCUAUUUGCCAUCAUCUCCCAGCAUGGACAGGGGCAGCCUCCUGCCCUUCCAGCUCUGGUGCCCACGGCCCUUUGGCACAUAUUCCCAGAACCAGCCACGCCCACCUUCCACAGCCCUCAAGCCGCCAGCCUGCUCUGACACAAGCAGUGGAACUGAGCCUGACCACGGACCUGCACACUCAGAGAACACACCACCUACCUUGGCUGCAGAAGCCCCCACCUCCCAGCAUGCUCCACUUCUCUCUUCAACAGCUGCUGGCGAUGAGGGUCGAGUCCUGCUGGACACGUGGUAUGUAAUCAAGCCUGGAAACACAAAGGAAAAGGUGGCCUUCUUUGUGGCCCACCAGUGUGGUGGAGGUAGCCGGGCUAGCUCUAUGAAGGUCAAAGGGCACUGGGGCAGUGAUAGUUCCAAAGCCAAGAGGAGGAGGCGCUGCCUUGAGCCCACCAAGGCUCCUCCAGACCCAGGGGGCAGAAGAGGAGCCCCUGCCACUGAGGGGGCCCCCACGACAUCCGGAGAUGAUGUAGACCUGCUCUCCGUAGCGGAAAUGGUGGCCCUGGUCGAACAGAGAGCUGCCUUGGCCCUACAGAGUUACCCACGCCCCACCACCCCAGCUCCGGUGGUCUUUGUGUCAGCUGAGCAGGGGGGACCAGCCAAGGGGUUAGGGUCAGAAAGACGAUCUGGUGGUGGUGACUGUAGCCGAGUUGCUGAGGCAGUGGCCCACUUUGAGGCCCAGCGGGACAGCCCUCCAACCAAGGGUCUCCGCAAGGAGGAGCGGCCAGGUCCUGGGCCUGGUGAGGUGCGGAUCGCUUUCCGCAUCUCCAAUGGCCGAGAGCCCUGUUCGCCAGAUGGCAAUGUACCUACUUGGAGUGGAGGCCAGCCUGGUAGUCCCUACCCUGGUAGUCCUGGUCCUGGGGCUCGAGCCAAAGACAAAAUCACCUGUGACUUGUACCAGCUUAUCAGCCCCUCCAGGGAUGCCCUUCCCAGCAACAUGGAGUUCCUCCUGGCCAGGGCAGACGAAGCCAGUGAAGGUGAGACACCAACCCCGGCCAGGCCUGAGGAUACCCCCCCAGCCCCUCCUCCACCCCCUGCCAGGGACUGUGGAGCAUCAGGGUUCCAUGUGGAUGUGGUAGUGACAGGUGUGGUGGAUGAGUGCAUCUUCUUUGGCAAAGAUGGCACCAAGAACGUAAAGGAAGAGACUGUCUGCCUGACAGUGAGCCCUGAGGAGCCACCCCCACCUGGCCAGCUCUUUUUCCUCCAGUCCCGGGGUCCAGAAGGGCCGCCUGAGCCUCCCCCAGCUGAUACACCAAGCACAGUGCCAGGUCCCGACGAUUCAGAGGGCACAACGGACACUUCCCUGUGCCGCCUGUACCGGCACGUGUCGCAUGACUUCCUGGAGAUUCGCUUCAAGAUCCAGCGACUUCUGGAGCCACGGCAGUACAUGCUGCUGCUGCCUGAGCAUGUGCUAGUCAAAAUCUUCAGCUUCCUGCCCACCCGAGCCCUGGCAGCCCUUAAGUGUACCUGCCACCACUUCAAGGGCAUCAUCGAGGCUUUUGGUGUGCGUGCCACGGACUCACGCUGGAACCGGGACCCACUCUAUCGUGAUGACCCUUGUAAGCAGUGCCGCAAGAGAUAUGAGAAGGGCGACGUGUCACUCUGCCGCUGGCACCCCAAACCCUACCACCAUGACCUGCCUUACGGACGUUCCUACUGGAUGUGCUGCCGCAGAGCCGAUCGCGAGACACCAGGCUGUCGCUUGGGCCUGCACGACAACAACUGGGUGCUGCCGUGCAGUGGAGUGGGAGGGGGCCGAGCUGGCCGGGAAGAGGGAAGGUGAAGCCUGGGGAGGAGGGGACACCUGCUAUACCUAACCCCUUCCCGCUUUGCUGGGAGCUGGGGACCAGGACGGAGUCACCAGCCAACACGUACCAGUCCAUCCAGUGUUGAUCUCCUGCUAGAACUGGGACCAGGUUUGGGGGUCAGUGGGUAAAUACCCUGGCUGACCCCUGUUGGUUUUCUACUCUUCAGAGCCAGGGCCAUGGACCCUCAGAGAGGGUUGUGUUUUUUGUUUUUUAUCAGCAUCUCAAUUGCGCCUCCAUCAAGCCCCAACCCCAUCCCUGAGUCUCUCCACCCCAGGGACCCACCAGCAGGGAGCAGAUGGCAGCUAAUUUUGGUACCACCUGAGGCAUUCCUCAAGCUGGCCCUCCCCAUUAUGUGCCUCCCCAAGUUCUUUGCUCACCCAAAGGGCUGCAGUCUCUAAGGUUGACACCUCCAGGCCAUUAGCUCACAACUGAAGUCAGCACUUUUUGGAGGCAGGUAGCCCACCAUUUCUAGAUGUUUUCCUCAUUAAAUAAAAAAAAAAUGAUUUCUUCUGAACUACCAGUCUCUCCCUCCCCCACCCCAGGGAAAGUGGGUGAGAUCCCCUCAAGUAUAGAGAUCCCUCUUUAAGCUCUUGUCACUGACUCCCCAGUAAAGCUGUGAAGCCCCUUGCCUCAGAGGGCAAGGACAGUGGGUCUGAAUUCCAGGUGAUCUUCCUUCCACAUGGGGUACUCAGUGAGGCAUUUGGGUCUCUACACCGUCCUCCCCACACCUUUUGCUUGGGUAGGCCUUGAUUUUUAGGCAGUUUGGUCCAAGAUCUUUUUUUUAAUUUAUUUUUCUAUUGGUUUUUCGAGACAGGGUUUACUGUGUAGUCCUGGCUAUGCUGGAACAAACUCUGUAGACCAGGCUGGCCUCAGACUCAGAUCUGCCUGCCUCUGCCUUUUGAGUGCUGGGAUUAAAGGCCUGGGCCACCCACCACCCGGCAAUUCAAGAUCUUUUUGUUUGAGGUUUUUCCUCUUUUGGGGGUUUUUAUUUUGUUUGUUUUCUCUUUCAUUGUGGUUCUGAAAGCUUCUAGUGUGUGGCAUCUGACCGAUUUUGAAUUGGUCCUUUCUAUAAAAUCAAUAUUUAUAAAGCAGGGCCAGACUGGUCUGUGUGAUGUUAAGGGAGGGGAUUUGGUAACAGAGACAUCCAUAGGUCUGUGCUUGGCAGGGUGGGAAGGAGAGGAGUAGGGGUCCCCACCUCAGUCCCUCUGCCUGGGAGUAUUUAACACUCCUGUCACCUCUCACUUAGUAUUUUUAAGCAUCUCGAAAUAGUAGUGGCUUAAACAAGAUCAUUUUUACUUCUCUCAAGAGUCCAGUGUUGGGUAAGUACGUGACCCUCAUCAUUCCAUGGUGCUUCAGCAGUGACCCUCAUCGCUGUGGUCUAUGACUGCAGGAAUUCCUGCUGUCCCUAUUGUGCAGGAAGGGAAGUCCCCUUUGUGGUGGAGCUGCUACACGGGGUGUGAAUACUUCUUAUUCAUCAGAACGCCACAGCUCCUUAUCUUUAUAUACAGAUAUGCCAGGGAUGCAGUUCAAGUUAAAAACAAGGUUUUUCCAUUCUCUAUUUUUUGCAUGUGUGUGAGAUGUGUGGCUAGUUCUUUUGGAACAUUUGUUUAAUGAUGCAAAGAUAUGUUGCAUUCUUUUAUGUUGCAUUUGUUUAACUUUGAAGCUAUAUUGCUAUGCCUGUUUAAAACACCCGAUUGGUCUAAUAAAGAGCUGAAUGGCCAAUAGCAAGGCAAGAGAGGGAUAGGUGGGGCUUCCAGGCAGAGAGAAUAGGAGAAAAAGAAAGAGAAAGGGCAAGGAGCCAGAAAAGAAGAACAGUAUGCCAGGGGCCAGCCACACAACCACGAAGUAAAAAGGAAAGAAAGGUAUAUAGAAUGUAUAUAGAAAGAUAAAAGCCCAGAGGCAAAAUGUAAAAGAGAAGUGGGUUAAUUUAAGAAAAGCUGGCUAGAAAUAAGCCAAGCUAAUGCCAGGCAUUCAUAAGUAAGAAUAAGUCUCUUGUAUUUAUUUAGGAGCUGGGUGGCAGGUCCCCAAAGAGUUCUUUAUUAGACCAAUCAGGUGUUAUAGGCAGGCAGAGUAACACGGCUUCACAGAGUCAAACACAACAUAAAAGAAUGCAACAAAUAUUCCACAGCAUAAACAAGUGUAACACAUCUUAAACUAAUUUUCCACAUCAGGACAGGUGUACACAUGGUACAGCACACAUGUGCAGGUCUCUCCUUCCACUGUAGGUUCCAGGGAUCAAGCUGAGGUCAUCAGGCUCAUACACCAAGUACUUCUACCCACUGAAGCCUUUUCACAGGCCCAUAAAAUUCAUUUCACGUCACCUCAUGUGCAUAAUCUGGUGCUGUGUGUGUGUGUGCUGCUGAGGAUGGAGCCCAGAACCACACAUGCUAGGUAAGUGCUCAACCACUGAGCCACACCCCAUCCCCUCACUGGGGGAUUCUA